UUGGUUACCGGUGGCAACGAUACACAAAAAACAAAUAACGAAUAACUUACUGAUCAGCUGGUGUGAAAAAUCGGUUUGUAUUUUAAGUUGAAUUGUUUCAAAUAAUCAAUGUAAUCAUUUUGUCAGCUGCUGAUUAUUGAUUGUAUCCGUUGGAUAGAAGGUACGGUGUGAGAUAUUGAGCACAUGGUCGCCACUAAAUGUUUCGGAAAAUUGAUUGAACGUUGCUGCCCUAACAAGUCGAACCGAUUGAACCAAAAAUGUCAUCCAGUAUGCGGUCAUCAUAAGUCAACAUUUCCGUAGCAAUCAUGACGCGUGCAGAUCUGCAAUUUGUUAGCAAUAAUAUUUGAAUAUCUAUGCGAAGUAUGGAGAGUUUGUACUCUAAUAAGAGUUCAAACUUUUCGGCUCUCCACCGGCGGAAAGCGGCCGCUGCCAGGCAACCGGCGAUUGUGAUAGCUUCCAGUAGCGAUGUCCGGCACCGGGUGAUGUCAGCGCGUAUGUUGCGCUUCAAACAAUUGCAAAACCAGUUGGAAGUGGCACAUCAUCAAAUUGCUGAAUUGACUAAGGAUAACCGAUUGCUGAGAGCAUUGCAAAAACGUCAGGAUUCGGCCCUAUCCAAAUAUGAAAACUCAAACGCAGAAUUGCCAAAAUUACUGCAUUCACAUGCAGAGGAAAUUCGGACUCAUCAAACCAAGUAUCGUAAUCUUCUAAACCAGAAUAAAGAGUUGCUCAACAAACUGAAACAAAAAGAUGCACACAUACUAACGAUAAGCGAUCAAAAUAAGCAUUUGAUACAAUUGAACAAAGAUAAACAUCUUGAAGAACGCGAGAGGCUUGCCGAGAGAGUCCGUGACCUGGAAGCUAGGCUUAUCGAGAAGGAUAACGAUAACAAACUGCUAGUUAGACGUUUGCAGCUAGAAUCAAAGAACUUCAAGGGACAACUUCAACAGGAAGUGUUGAAACAGAGGGAAUUCGCACAGAAGAUGGAACGGGCGCAUCACGAAAUACAGCGGCUGAAUUCAGUGAUUGAGAUCUAUGAAAAGAGAACUCCUUCUACAUUAUUGAAAAACAGCUAUCUAAUGAAACCUCCAAAACCAACUUCAGGAACCAUUAUACGACUACCGAACGGCUCACCAGUGAAACCAUCUUUCCCUCUUCAGAAUCUAGCAGAACCUGCUCCGGUAACGAUCAUGGAAAUCGCCCCGAAAAAGCUGCCCGAAGAGUUCGGUGAUGGUGAUCACAAAUCCCUCAACCCGAGCCCAAAAAUGCUCAAACCACUGGGAACAAUCGAGGAUCCAACACCGGCUGUAACCCCGGCAAAAAUCAACAAAUCGAAGAAAAGACAUUCCAUUCCAAGAGUUCGGGAAGUUCAGGAGAACGGAGAUGAUGACAACAACGGGAAGGACGAAGAACAUCACUUCGACGAAUCCUUCUGUAAGGAGUUCAACCAGUACGCUUUGCAGACUGAAGCAGAGUUUGACGAGGCCAUCGAAAACGAGCUGUCCAAAUUGAAAAAUGAAAUCGAAAUUAAUGGCUCCACUGAUAAUCUGCUGCGCCGUAAGAAACAACAUUUUGUCACCACAGAAGUCUCAUAUGAAGAUGAUUACGAACCUGACUCUUCACCGGAAAAACACCGAGGAAAAACUAACGAUCUCUUUGAGCACAAGGUGCACAUAAGUGAGCUGGAAGAUCAAAUUCGUAAUAUGGGCGGUCCUUUGUUGAAUGGCGGCGGAUUGACCAGGAAUAAGCCAUUUCUAAACGGCAAAAGAGAUUCUUCUUCCGGUGACACAGACGUUGAUUCAAGCACAAGCACCAACGUGAGCAGAGACUCGUCGUCCAAGGAGUUUGAGUCAAUGAAGCGGGAAAUUAGGGAGAGUAUCAUGAAGAAAGAAUGUCUGUUGGAUACAUUUUGUGACGAAGUCAACGGGAAGGAAGGGCAGAGCAAACUGCACAAUGGUCGUUCAAAGGAGUUCCACAGAAAGGCCCAGAUUGACCCAAAGAAGAAAAAGAAUCUGCUUGAAGCAUUGAAGGCCAUUGAUGGUGAUAGUUUCGAUAAAUGAGUUGUGUAUUACGCUACUUGAUCCUGACUGUAACAGUGCUAAUAAUCACAUGAUAAUUAUGGAUCACAAUGUAUCACGUUUUUAAUAGAUGCGGUAGUAUGUAUAUAUUUUUUAUGACUGGAAU